CACAUUCCCUGUCCCAAUCUCCCCCCUUCUCCCCCCCAUCCCCACUCCCCCUCCUCACCCCAUCCCCUCGCAGCUCUGGGUUGGGCUCUGUUGGCCGUCGCCUUUAUCAGCGUUCCAUCGGCCGUGGCCGUGGCCGUGGUUCCUCUGCUGAGCCUGGGGCAGCUCCACUCUCUGCUCUCCUUCCUGGUGGCUCUGGCCGUGGGGACGCUCUGCGGGGACGCUCUGCUUCACCUCUGGCCCCACGCGCAGGGGCAGCACCAGGAGCCGUCGGGGGUGCUGUGGGCGGUGCUGCAGGGUCUGUCUGUGCUGGGGGGCAUCUACGGGUUGAUGUUGGUGGAGCUGCUGCUGGGGACUCUGCGCCGCCUCCGUGUCACCACGCACCGGCCACACGGAGAGACCCCCGAGGAGGCCGAGGGGGUCCAGGUUACAUUGCAAGGCGGCGCUGAGCUGCGCUGUCUGACGGCCCCGGAGGUGGAGAUGGAACCUAAAGGCCCCCCCCACGGACCCCCCCAUGGACCCCCCCACGGACACUCCCCCCACGGACACUCCCACGGCCCCGCGUUGCCCCCCAACCCCGCGGCCGCCGAUCUGGUGUGGAUGGUGGUGCUGGGGGACGGCAUCCACAACCUGACCGACGGGUUGGCCAUCGGCGUUGCCUUCUCCCAGAGCCUCCCCAGCGGGCUGAGCACGGCGCUGGCUGUGCUGUGCCACGAGCUGCCCCACGAGCUGGGUGACCUGGCGGUGCUGCUGCGGUCGGGCACAGCCCCCCGCACCCUCCUGCUGCUCAACCUGCUCUCAGCUCUUCUCUCCUGCGUGGGGGCGGCCGUGGGGGCGGCCGUGGGGCAGAAAGCGGCACAUCUCACCCCAUGGAUCCUCACCGCCACCGCCGGCACUUUCCUCUACGUGGCUCUGGCUGACAUGCUCCCCGAGGUGCUGCGGGGUCCCGGUGGGGGCACGUGGGGCCGGUUUGUGCUGCAGAACGUUGGAUUCCUGCUGGGCAGCGGCAUCAUGUUGGGCAUCGCGUUGGCCGAAGGCCACGUCAGUGCGUGGCUGCAGCCAUGAGGAGGAGACCCCCGGGUGCCCCCCAACCCUUAUGGCCACAAAGACCCCCAAACCCCAGCACAGGGUUUGGACUUUCUCCCCUCCUCGUGGGACCCCAAGAUGAAACACAAGGAACCAACCUUGGGGGCUCCGUGGGUCGCAGCCAUCAGACCCCAAACUCACAUCCCUAUAAGGGGAGGGGGACACAGCAUUGAGCCCCCACCCCACCAGAUCCAACAGCAAAAGCAUCACAUCCCUCUCCCUGGGUUAAGGACAACAGGAGAGGCGAUAGAAGCAAUAGCAUUUUAAUAAACAUCAUCGAUUCAAAGCCACAAUAUGAAUAACAGGACUUGGUCGCAGCUUACAUUGUAUAAAAUAGAUCAAGUCUGAAUGCGG